AUGGAGAAAGAUGCUAUCAGUACUGAUGUACAUGUGGACCUGAGGUUAACCUUGAAACACAAGGCAGGGAAUUGUACCCACAACAAACACAACCCAGGGAAUUGUACCCACAACAAACACAAGGCAGGGAAUGUACCCACAACAAACACAACCCAGGGAAUUGUACCCACAACAAACACACGGCAGGGAAUUGUACCCACAACAAACACAAGGCAGGGAAUUGUACCCACAACAAACACAAGGCAGGGAAUUGUACCCACAACAAACACAACCCAGGGAAUUGUACCCACAACAAACACUAGGCAGGGAAUUGUACCCACAACAAACACAAGGCAGGGAAUUGUACCCACAACAAACACAAGGCAGGGAAUUGUACCCACAACAAACACAACCCAGGGAAUUGUACCCACAACAAACACAACCCAGGGAAUUGUACCCACAACAAACACAAGGCAGGGAAUUGUACCCACAACAAACACAACCCAGGGAAUUGUACCCACAACAAACACAAGGCAGGGAAUUGUACCCGCAACAAACACAAGGCAGGGAAUUGUACCCACAACAAACACAACCCAGGGAAUUGUACCCACAACAAACACAAGGCAGGGAAUUGUACCCACAACAAACACAAGGCAGGGAAUUGUACCCACAACAAAAACAAGGCAGGGAAUUGUACCCACAACAAACACUAGGCAGGGAAUUGUACCCACAACAAACACAAGGCAAGGAAUUGUACCCACAACAAACACAAGGCAAGGAAUUGUACCCACAACAAACACAAGGCAAGGAAUUGUACCCACAACAAACACUAGGCAGGGAAUUGUACCCACAACAAACACAAGGCAAGGACUUGUACCCACAACAAACACAAGGCAAGGAAUUGUACCCACAACAAACACAAGGCAAGGAAUUGUACCCACAACAAACACUAGGCAGGGAAUUGUACCCACAACAAACACAAGGCAGAGAAUUGUACCCACAACAAACACAACCCAGGGAAUUGUACCCACAACAAACACAAGGCAGGGAAUUGUACCCACAACAAACACUAGACAGGGAAUUGUACCCACAACAAACACAAGGCAGGGAAUUGUACCCACAACAAACACAAGGCAGGGAAUUGUACCCACAACAAACACAAGGCAGGGAAUUGUACCCACAACAAACACAAGGCAGGGAAUUGUACCCACAACAAACACAAGGCAGGGAAUUGUACCCACAACAAACACUAGACAGGGAAUUGUACCCACAACAAACACAAGGCAGGGAAUUGUACCCACAACAAACACAAGGCAGGGAAUUGUUCCCGCAACAAACACAAGGCAGGGAAUUGUACCCACAACAAACACAAGGCAGGGAAUUGUACCCGCAACAAACACAAGGCAGGGAAUUGUACCCACAACAAACACAAGGCAGGGAAUUGUACCCACAACAAACACAAGGCAAGGAAUUGUACCCACAACAAACACUAGGCAGGGAAUUGUACCCACAACAAACACAAGGCAGGGAAUUGUACCCACAACAAACACAACCCAGGGAAUUGUACCCACAACAAACACAAGGCAGGGAAUUGUACCCACAACAAACACAACCCAGGGAAUUGUACCCACAACAAACACAAGGCAGGGAAUUGUACCCACAACAAACACAAGGCAGGGAAUUGUACCCACAACAAACACUAGGGAGGGAAUUGUACCCACAACAAACACAACCCAGGGAAUUGUACCCACAACAAACACAAGGCAGGGAAUUGUACCCACAACAAACACAAGGCAGGGAAUUGUACCCACAACAAACACAAGGCAGGGAAUUGUACCCACAACAAACACAAGGCAGGGAAUUGUACCCACAACAAACACAACCCAGGGAAUUGUACCCACAACAAACACUAGGCAGGGAAUUGUACCCACAACAAACACUAGGCAGGGAAUUGUACCCACAACAAACACAAGGCAGGGAAUUGUACCCACAACAAACACAAGGCAGGGAAUUGUACCCACAACAAACACAACCCAGGGAAUUGUACCCACAACAACCACAAGGCAGGGAAUUGUACCCACAACAAACACAAGGCAGGGAAUUGUACCCACAACAAACUCAAGGCAGGGAAUUGUACCCACAACAAACACAACCCAGGGAAUUGUACCCACAACAAACACAAGGCAGGGAAUUGUACCCACAACAAACACAAGGCAGGGAAUUGUACCCACAACAAACACUUUUUACGAUUCUAAUGUUUUGCGAUUUCGAGUUGCAAAAUUCUCAAAAAAUUCAACACAUGGCAAGGCCUAA